UGACUGGCCCCUCCCCCUGUCUCCUAUAGGUGCCUGAGCUGAGAGGGGCGGGAUGAUUCCCACACAGAGCGGCUCUGCCUGACUGGCCCCUCCCCCUGUCUCCUAUAGGUGCCUGAGCUGAGAGGGGCGGGGAAAGAACGCCUGUACCGAAAGAAGGCAUGUGAUUGGCUGGAUACACAGAGGGGCGGGACAGGGAUUGCUGCUCAUUUCUCAGACGGUUACAGACAGCGGCUUCAGGAGUUCCGGUGCUGGGAAAGCAAACAGUGCCGCCUGGUUCCGCAUCCCAGGGAGCCCAAACCCGGAUUUGGUACCGCAUUCUGUUGCCUGUUAUUCCUGUGUCUGCCUUCCCAGCAUCCUCUAUUUCUGAGCCACUUCCUCUGUCUCUCUUCCCAGCAUCCUCCACUCCUCCCGGGGGAACUUCCUGUGUGGCUCCUGUAUAACCUCCAUCCCUCCCAUAGAGGGUUCUGUCAGCAGGGGGAUCAGAUCACAUGACUGGGGGGCCCCUAUAGAGAGCACAACCCCAGAUUAACUGCCAUCAGGAAGGGCUCCUAUUGCCCCAGAGCUGCAGUGAGCCAGAAGGGCAGAAUGGAAGCCGGGGAGCCCCAGGACUGUACCUCCUGGUUACCUGAUGAGUUGGCAUUGCGCAUCCUCUCGUACCUUGAUGCCAAGGAUAUCCUGCAGGUGGCGCAGACUUGCCAGCGCUGGAGAGAGUUGGCUGAGGAUGAAGGCCUGUGGCAGGGAAAGUGCAAGGCUGAUGGGAUUGAGGAGCCGCCGCAGGUAACAAGGAGCAGGGCUAAAGGCUCUGGGUCCGGUCCCUGGAAAAGCGCUUACACCAAUCAGCUCAGGGUCGAUACCAACUGGCACCGAGGGAGAUUCAAAACAAUCACACUGGAUACAAGUGAGUCGGGGACAGAUUUCAUAACCUGGACCUCUGAUGGGAAGGAAAUGAUUUGUGUUGUAGAUGAAAAUACAAUACAGAUCUGGUCGGCAGUUACUGGAGAACACAUACGGACCCUUGUGGGACACACAGACAAAAUCUUUCCAAUACAAAUGAGAGAUCACAUUGUUGUUAGUGGAUCUAAGGAUCGUACAGCAAAAGUAUGGAAUGCAGAGAGCGGGGAAUGUAUCCACACGCUGGGCGGCCAUACUGGCGCUGUGUGGUGUGUGUAUCUCUAUGAGAGAAGGGUAGCGAGUGGGUCAUGUGACGGUUCCAUCAGAAUCUGGGACAUUGAGACGGGGCAGUGCCUACACGUUCUCAUGGUGGAUAUACAGGAUAUUUCAUAUAUUCAGUAUGACGGCAAAAGGGUGGCGAGCGUUGAUGGCAAAUACACCCUAAAAUUCUGGGAUCCCGAGGCACAGAGCUGUUUGUUUACUUUCCAACUUCCCAAUGAGAGGAUCCGCCACUUAGAGCUGAAAGGCUCGCGGCUCUUACUGGUCACUGACGACGGCACAAUAACCGUGUGGGACACUGACACAGGGCGGCACAUCCAAACAAUAACAGACCUUCAGACCUACAUAUCCGCAGUGUCACUGAGGGCCAAUAUAUUUGUGUCGGGGGACGGCCUUCCUACGGGUUUUAAUCGGGUCAAAUUUAAUCGCUAUGUGAAAAGUGUGCGACUCCGCAGGAAUUUUGUGAUAAACAACACGGAGUUUGGGCCGGUGCCGCUCUGGGAUCUGGAGUCCAAAACACUCUGGGAUGGGAAAGAAAAUCGGUUUCUGUACGACUUGUGGAGAAGAAAUGAAAGUGUUUGUUAUUUCAUGGUCUCUCAAACCAAACUUUUCUGUGCGAUUGGGGGGAGGGAGGAGCUAGAGGAGAUGACAGUGUUCGACUUUGACAAUCAGGAGCCGAAGAGGAGGAAGAGAAAAAGGUUAAAGUUAUAGUUACACAUUCAUGUAAACCCCGGGGCAUGUUGGCAUCUCAUUAAAGGACAAGCAAAGGCAAUUUCUUUAUUACACCUAAAUGUUACCUCCCAGUGAAAUAAAUCACUGUGUUUUCUUGUGUUUUCUAGAAGAAACAGCAGCUGGGGUAACUAACAUUCUGCCCCACCAUAAAAAAAAACAACCCCCAGUGAAAUUGCCUUUUCUCUAUUUGUCCUUUAAGGAGUUGGGAGACUGAUUUAGUUGGAAGGAGGCUGUGGGGGGCCCAGAAUUUUUACUAACAGAACAUAUAGUUGCUGGUUAUUGCCCAUAGUAUUUGCCGACCCAUAUGUACACACUUAAAAGCGGCGGGACACAAAGCCCAUAUGGCUAAAUAUGUUCCUUUAUCUGAUUAGCCCCGCCCUGUUUCUGAUGCCAUUGGCUGUGGUUCCGCCGCACAUCAUUCCCCGCUGCGUUUCCCGUUCCAGUUCAGCUACACGGCCUGACAGUCUCUUAUGUGGGGAGGGUGAGAUGGGAAAUGUGGAUCAAUAAGAGAGAAGGUGAUUGGAUAUUUCGGGUCAGACCCAAAGCGCCGGGGAACAGAGGAUUCACGCUGCUCGUACAUCAGUUCCAGUUAAACCUAUUGGCACCUUUGCACUUGUUCCAAAUAAAGCACCGGUUGUGCCAGAAACGUCUCGCUCUUUAUAUCUGGAUUCCCUUUGUUUGCAGCCGAACAA